AGGGACAUGCAAAUAAGCAACCACUGCGAUAGCUUCCAGGCAGCUUAUUGGAAGCAGGCGGCUACGUGCUCGGUGUCACGAAAAGGGCACGGGGUUUGGCAGCUGUGACAAGACUGACGUCACUACAGAGCGACGCAGGACCAGGAAGUGGCUAGUGGCAGAUAGACAAGUAUGCUGAACCAUCACAGAUACAAAUAGGGGAAAUAAUAACACAAAACGCCCGGGACCUUCCGCUGGAUUACGAUUCGACUUCGAUGAAAAAGGAGCCAAGUAUGGGUGAAGAGCCUCCCAGUCUGGAAUACAUCCAAGCCAAGGAUCUCUUUCCACCCAGGGAGCUGGUGAAGGAGGAGGAGAAGCUGCAGGUACCGUUCCAGGUGCUGCCGGGUGAAAGCGUGGAGUAUUUAGGGAGUGCGAAUGAUGCGCUCAUAGCGAUUUCCAACUACAGACUGCACAUCAAGUUUAAGGAUUCUGUCAUCAAUGUGCCUUUAAGGAUGAUCGAGACCGCGGAGAGUCGAGACAUGUUCCAGUUGCAGAUAAUCUGCAAAGACUCCAAAGUAGUAAGGUGCCACUUCUCCACAUUUAAGCAAUGCCAGGAAUGGUUGACAAGAUUAAGUAGGGCCAUUGUACGUCCGACCAAACAAGAAGAUCUGUUUGCGUUUGCCUAUCACGCGUGGUGCCAGGGAGUCUGCACCGAUGAGGAGGAGCACCAUGUCCACCUUUGCCGUCCAGGUGACCAUGUGAAAUUCCGCUUUCAAAUGGAAUUGGUUCGAAUGGGUUUUGACUUGCAGAAUGCCUGGAGGGUGUCUGAGAUCAACAACAACUACAAGCUCUGUCCAAGUUACCCUCAGAAGCUUCUGGUUCCUGUAUGGAUCACUGACAAAGAACUCGAGAAUGUUGCUUCGUUCAGAUCAUGGAAAAGGAUUCCAGUUGUGGUUUACAGACACUCGCGAACAGGGGCAGUGAUUACCCGCUGCAGCCAGCCGGAGAUCAGCUGGUGGGGUUGGCGCAAUGCAGAUGAUGAGUAUUUGGUAACUUCGAUCGCGAAGGCCUGUGCGCUUAACCCCGGAGGACGUGCGGCUAAUGGAAACUUCACCAACAAAGGCAUCAGUGAGGGAAAUGAAAACGGAGACACAGACUUUGAUUCUUCGCUAACCGCCUGUCCGGGGAUAGACAGUGGAGGCGCCCCCCAAAAGCUAUUAAUACUGGAUGCCCGAUCUUACACGGCUGCCGUGGCAAACCGAGCGAAAGGAGGCGGCUGUGAAUGUGAAGAAUAUUAUCCAAAUUGUGAAGUGGCGUUUAUGGGAAUGGCGAAUAUUCACUCCAUCCGCAAUAGUUUUCAGUACCUCCGAGCUGUUUGCAACCAAGUGCCUGAUCCCGGAAACUGGCUUUCAGCACUGGAAAGUACUAAAUGGCUGCAGCACCUUUCUGUAAUGUUGAAAGCGGCCACGGUCGUGGCUAAUGCAGUGGAUCGUGACGGACGGCCUGUGCUGGUUCACUGCUCAGAUGGCUGGGACAGAACACCGCAGAUUGUAUCUCUGGCCAAGAUUCUGUUGGACCCGUACUACCGCACCUUGGAGGGGUUCCAGGUGUUGGUUGAAACAGACUGGCUGGAUUACGGACACAAGUUUGGCGAUCGCUGUGGUCAUCAGGAAAAUGUGGAGGAUCAGAGUGAGCAAUGCCCAGUCUUCUUACAGUGGCUCGACUGCAUCCAUCAACUUCUCCUCCAGUUUCCAUGUCUCUUUGAAUUUAAUCACGCCUUCCUGGUGAAGUUAGUCCAACACACAUACUCUUGUUUGUACGGCACGUUCCUUGCCAACAACCCCUGUGAAAGGGAAAUGCGCAACAUCUACAAACAGACCUGUUCGGUGUGGUCUCUGCUGCGCACAGGCAACAAGAACUUCCACAACCUGCUUUACAUGCCUAGCAGCGAACUGGUUCUUCACCCAGUGUGCCACGUCCGUGCCCUUCAGCUCUGGACAGCUGUAUACCUACCUGCAUCUUCGCCAUGCACACCAAUGGAUGAUAGCAUGAAACUCUAUCUUAUCCCUGCAUCUCAAGGACCAGAUUUUAAUGCUAGAAUUCUGGACAGAUUACCUAAAACACGUUCUAUGGACAACCUAGUGACUGCAUGCGACAGUGGAGGACCCCUAACGCGCACGUCUAGUGAUCCGAACAUAAAUAACCAUCAAGGUAACUUGGACUCUCGUAGCUGUGAUGCAGAUGGAGCUGACACGGAGAGCUUGGACCUUCCACAGCCACCUAUGGUAACCGGGGGUCAGGAAGAAGAGGAAGAUCAAAGCCAUCAAAUUGUGGAACCCAGUGAGGGAGAUAAUGCUGGAAAUGCACUUCAAAAUGACAAUGAACUAAAUCCACAGGAACUGACAUCAAUUACCAAACCAGAACACGUAGACUGGAAAUGUGACAAUUUUAACUCUGUAAUGGAAAAUAGUACUAAUCUCGAUGUACAGAGUAAUGUUGUAGCCAUCACAAAUGUUGAUGAGCCACAAAUUCCAGUUUUGGUACAUGCUCCUAAGUCAGUCUUAGAGACUGAUGUCUCCACCAGUCAUGUAUCCUGCGUGGAUGUCGGCAAACCAGUAAAACUACCAAUUGAGGUUUGUAGGACUGACAAGAAAAUGGUGUCUCAGGUCCCAAAAAGUGGGUUUUCUCUUCUGACUUCAAAUUGGGACAGUUUGCAUGGAAUGAUGAAGUCUGUUCCGGUUGGAGACCUGGGAUUCCGCCGGCAAAUCUCUUAUGAUUGCUCAUCCAGAAGCCUCCACAGCAAGCAUGGAAGGCAUACCUCUGGUUCUUAUAUUUCUAGAGAGGCUGCAAAGAUUUCUUGCAAUUUCCCUGCCUCAAUGCACUGUUCAGGACCAUCUAUUAGAAGCUGCAAAUGUCUAAUGGCUUGUCACACAAAACCGCUUCACACUGGAAGGCUCUUUCCUUUGGCCUGCCCAUCUCCUGCUCCUCUAACGUAUCAGGAUGAUGAUGGUCUGCCGCUUCCCAGCGAUGUUGUGCAACAGCGAUUGCGCCAGAUGGAGGCGAGCUACAAACAAGAGGUGGAUCGGCUGCGGAGGCAGGUGUGGGAAUUGCAGCUACAGCUGGAGAUUCGGCAAUAUUGUGCUCCACCCUCUGAACCAGAGGCCGACUAUGAAGAUGACUUUACAUGUGUGAAAGAGUCCGAUGGCAGCGAUAUGGAUGAUCUCUACUCUGAUAAAAGUGAAGACAGACUUUCUGAAGCUAGCUGGGAGCCUGUCGAUAAAAAGGAGACGGAGGUCACAAGAUGGGUUCCGGACCACAUGGCUUCACAUUGCUUUAACUGUGACUGUGAAUUCUGGUUAGCAAAACGCAGGCAUCACUGCAGAAAUUGUGGCAACGUGUUCUGCGCCGGUUGCUGCCAUUUGAAGCUCCCUAUUCCUGACCAGCAGCUGUAUGACCCAGUUUUGGUGUGUAACACCUGCUACGAUCACAUCCAAGUCACACGUGCGAGGGAGCUGAUGUCUCAGCAACUGAAGAAACCUUUAGCUGCGGCAUCUAGCUGAACGCCGGAUGAGAACCCGGCUUUGCUCCUCCUUGUGUUCCUCGCAGCUGAAACGAGGCUCUGAUGGGAUGGCGAGCCUACGGCUGUAACGUUACAUGCCUGGGAGAAUUCAGUAAUGAGCAGCACAGUGGCCUGUGUCUCCUUUGUAAUGCUGCACACGGACAGACCUGUUCCUGUCAUCUAAUUUGUAGGAUACAUGGCGUACCCUUAUUCCCCUAAUCCCUGCUAUAUCCUACCAAUAGGAAGUGAUCGCUCACCACUAAUAUAGAACUAAUUUAAUGUGGGUUCUAAUGGCCGAGGUCAGACAGAGUUGUAUUUUAACCCUUUAGGGUGGCAGGGCUUGCGGCCCCUGUGGGGUUAAUUUGCACUGUUUGAUGGUCCAGCAAAAGACUUCUAAAAGCAAGCUAAGACGCUGGCUAAUGUUUAUUUGUUGAAUGGAAUUGGAUCGGAGGAGAAGGCCCAGUUCCGCUGAUCAUCUCCUGCUGUCUUGGGUCUCCUGUACGCAGAAAGAGUGGUUUAAAGGUUUCCGCUGUGUCCCAAGCUAUGGCGCUGUCAUAUGGCUUUGCUUCAAAUGUGACAAUGUGUAUUUUAGAACGAUCAUUCAAGCACACAUGCUGGGUUUACAUGUAAAUACUAGGCCAAUUUGAGUGCACCAAAACUGUGAAUAUUAACCCCUUUGUUGCCAGAAAAACUGAUGCAAUGUGUUGAACUCUUCUUUUGGCAGCAAAAGUGUUGAAUAUGGGAGCUUUCUCAUUUGCUUGCGUUCCCAUUUAUUUGUCUGGAGGAGCUUUAAUGUUUCCUUUUAGUACACCAGGGGGUGCAGGAGAAAUUGAAUUCUGUCCCCUGGCACUCAAGAAUACCACUCCCCUCUACCUAGAACUUUUCAUGUGCGUGUCUGUAAAUAUUCCUUCUUUUUGUUUGUUACCUGUGUUUGUAUCUCAUUGGCCAUAUUCGCUCCUGAUCUAUAAAACUUGAUUCCCAACUGACAAAGUAUCAAGUGGAACUUGAAGUCAUAGUUUUUGUUUUUUUUGUAUUUUCCCUUUUCUUUGGGUGGGCAUCAUUUAAAUGCUGCUAUUUGAAUUUUUGUGCACUUAAGCUAUGUAACCCAGACAAGGGACAGAACAUUGAUACCAAAAGGGUUUUGUGGUGCUGGUUAAAUUGCUUUUGUUUUUACUCUCUCUGUGUAGUGCCACUUUUUGCAUUGAUCAGCCAUGUCAUGUCCUAAGUCCUUGUGGCACAUGUAUGUAAAUAGCUGGUUACUGCUAGCUCUGUAGUAUCACCUGUCUUAAGAAGCUAAGCCGAUUGUAGGUGAUUGGCACUCUCACAUAAGGGUAGUAUUUGUUUUCUUCUACUUGGAAUAAGCCAAAUUAUAAAUGUGGCGGCAAGACGGGCGGCAUCUCCAUCCGCUUAACAGGCGAUCAUCUUCGUUUGUCAUCGGUCCGACUGCUCUGUGCUGCCUUUUGUACGAGCAAUGGAUUGUUCGUCAUGAUCACUUGUUGCAAGUCCUUCCAGAAGCUACUCAUAAUUAUUUCUAUGCAGUCCCUAAUCUACCAGUCUGCUUUCUAUUCUUGGUACAUUACUCUUCAGUGUAGUAGAACAUUUAUUAGGCAGUAUGUCCUCAAAUGAAUUGCAUGGCUGCUUCCUGGGAGUAGUUUUAAUCUUGUUGAUGCUAUCCAUUUAGAGGUAUGCUAACCUUGAGACCCAUGAGAUUGGAUUCCAGAACAUCAAUGAAUUGAGAUUUCUUUAUUAAAGCAUGAGUAAAGGGAAAAUAUAUACCUUGUAAUAACACAUUAUAAGAUUAAUCAUUACAUGUUCAAUUUCGGCACAAGUAGAGUUGUAGUUUCAGCUCCAUCAAUUCACUAUUCAUCAUGAAGGGCCAGCACUGGCAGGUUCUCCAGGAAGAAGUGCUGACCUGGCCCUGUAUAAUUUAAUGUGUUUAUUACAUUACAAUAACUCCACACAGCAGGUGAUAAAACC